AUGAGCCGCUUCUGCAGCAGUUCUGCCGUCGUCAUCGGGACCCAUGGGCCGUAUAUUAUCCGUGCUCCUCAAAGCCUCGCCAUACAUGUACCCGUGCACAAACGCAUCGCCAACGAGCAGCAAAACAGCGUGCUGAAGAUCGAUGGUAUCUGCAUCGACCAGACGUCGCUGGCCGAGAGGAGCAGCCAGGUCGCCCUCAUGUCCGUGAUAUUCCGCGCGGCCGAGCGAGUCGUCGUCCGGGGAGACGGCGCGACCGCGCAGUCUAUCCGGCUCCUGACGAGCAUCGGGGCCUUUGAUGGUAUCAGGUCGGCGAACCCGAACCCGAACGAGCUUAGGAUACUCCUCGCUCUAGCAGGUGGCUUGAAGGUCCAAAAGUUGUGCAAUGAGCAGCAGAGGCACAAGUUUGGAUUGUCAAGAGAUCCCUGCCUCUGGUAA